AUGCCACGUCCACGGGGUGCGGCUACGCGCGGUGCCACACGUCGCAAUUCGCAGCAAGAUGACACGCCUUCCCGGACCCGUGGUCAAGCAGCAAAACAAGCCCCAUCAGAACCAGAUGCGCCAGACACGGUUGCACCAGCAUUCAGUCCCACCAAACUGAGUCCUACCAUCACUAGGAAGACAACUCGCUCAGCUUCCAACAUUUCUGGUAAUUCAUUCGAGGCGCCGUCCGCGUCCGAGAUUUACGCAUCUUACGAGCACCCGUUGUUCAUGGUCUUUGGCCUGUCACCCGAGUUCUUUGACGGUUUGAAGAAGCACCAUGGAAAACUCCCAAAAGAACGCAAAUCUAUCGUUGGCGCACUUCCAGAGCGCUCACCUACCCCGGAAGAAGCCUCUGAGUCUGAAGAUGAGAGUGCCGAAGAGAGUGAGGUUGAAGUGCCUGUUGCGCCUCCGCCAGCGCCAAGAGGUCGUGGACGCGGUGGUCGAGGCUCACGUGGCGGACGCGGUCGAGGCGGUCGCGGCAGAGGCAGUCGAGGAGGACGCGGUCGCGGCGGUACCUCAAGAGGGACCUCAUCUGCGCCAUCAAAAGCAUCUCGCAAUGCUGCCAUGUUUCCACUUACAGAAGAUGAUGAUGAUCAGCCAUCCAAUCAGAGCACACCCAACGGCACCGCCAAGCCAUCUAUGCGACUACUCAACAACAACCGUCUGCAUAGCUCUGAUGAUGAGAACGAAGAAGCCAUUGAGGAUGACGAGAGCGAGGCCGAGUAUGAUCGCAUAGACGUCGUACAGAAACCAUCCAGAACACCCCAAGGUUCUGCGCCACCCGGUCAAGACUCACUCGAAGGCGGUUCACAUACAUCAGCGCCGGCACGCGAGUCAAGACCAGAGCCUACGUCUAGGAGGUCCACCAAGCUUGCGGUACCCAAGAUCGCGCUGCCAGAGUCAGCCUCACAGACACCGCGAGAUUCUGCAUCGACGCCUGCUGAGUCUGCAGUCCCAAGACUGCUAGAACCUGAGGAGGAUAUGCUCUCCGAGUCAGAUCUUCCCGACCCCUUCAUCGAAGACGCGCCUUCUCCGAUCGAAGCCGAGUGCGAAGAUAGAGCAGACUACCUCUUGCAGAAGCGCUUCAAGCCGAUGACUGACGUACAAGCUGCUAUUGCCGCCUUGACGAAGUUUCCAGCAGCGCAACGGAGUACUGAGAAUCUCUACGCUCUGACGCAGAACACGCAACAGAUCCUCAAAGCUUGGCAGGACGAGUAUCUCGUGUUGGACGCAAGGACUGCACCUCACAUGCAUCCAGCCAAGAAGGCUUGUAACGGUGGACGUAUCCCGCUGGCUCCAGAAGUCUUCGAGGACAUGAAAGAGGCCGACCUCUAUGGCUACAUCUACGACCCAAAGAAGCCACCCGGUUGUCAGGAUCCUUUCCUACAGCGACCAGGCGCGGACAAGGGUGGCAAGAGAGAACUGCGCACGCGUCGUACACGGGACCAGCUUGAGUCGGCAGCUCCCAGUGAAGAGGAAGACGAAGAAGACGGUGAUGGUCGACCCUCCAAGCGGCAACGAAGAGCCACCCGCAAAUUUGACGGUACUGACACAGGAACUGGUGCCAACACCCCCAAGAAGCACAACGGCUGGGGCGGCGCGCGCAAGAAGGGUGUUAGUCGAUUCACGAAGCCAACUUCGGAGACGCCAGAACCAGAAGGACGAGGCGUAAAGCGAGCCCGGACGACGGCUAGUAACUUGCUCCAUCAACGCAUCCAGGAAAUGAGAGAGGAAUCAGUCGUCGGUAGUUCCGGGGACGAGGACUCAUCAACCAUGGACGUAGACGAGUAUUCAGAUGCUAACCCCAAGCGUGGACGUCCAGCCGGUAGUAAGAAUGUAGCUCGCCGCAGUGACUUCGGAGUAAAGAAAGGCCCACGAAAGAAGACGAGCGAAUCGGGAACCCCAGCCCCCUCGGCACAUGGCCCAAACGCUCCACCACCAGCACUGAACUCAAUGAGUGAAGGUCAAGGUCAGUUUACUAUUGAUGCCCAGCCGUUCCCGGAAGGCAUACCCAUCAUGGCACCGAACUCUGCUGAGACGGUUUUUCAAGGCACACUACAGUAUUCUGCGCCCAGCACAGAGGUACCACUUGUGCAUCCGAGCGAAUCCAGUACUCCUGACGCGUACAUGCUCACUGCCCCCCUUAGUCAGUAUACAGCCAUCAACAGCUACGCGGACGACUCAUCCCCAGCGUCAGGCUCGCGACGGAAACCGCGCGUAAAAUCAGAGAAGCGCAGUCAGUCCAUGACCAUGUGGUGGGCCGAACGCAAGGCAAAGAAGCGCGAGGAGGAAGCGCAGGCCGGAAUUACCCCAACACCCGAUCCGCGCGAAAAAUCCGCGACGCAGAAGGGUGCCCGGCAGUCUGAAGGCUCGGCGACUGGCGCUACACCGCAAUCGCAGCCUUCGCAUUCCCAGCAAGCAUCUCCGAUACACCAUCCACAGCACGCUCCUCAACACAGUCCACAUCACCCUCCGCCAGAAGCAUACCUGCAGUAUACCCAAGGCCCGCCGCAACACUACAUGUACCUCAGCGGACCGCCUCCACCACAACACAUGAUGAUGCAGUACUCGCCACUUGCGGCCCUUCCCACUGGUUCUUUCCCUAGCCCAUAUCCCCAUCACGCGCCCCACGCCCACAGCGGAAUUCCCCUUACCCAACCCCCGAGCACAGCAGGCGGACCGUUUGGAGGUCCCCGCCAACUCGCCCCAGCACCCAUGAACAUGCCCACAUACCCCAGCCCGUACGGUCCCCAGAGCCCAGCCGGAGGCAGACCCAAGAGCAGUGGCCAGUCACUGCCUAGGAGUGCUGCUACUACCGGCCAAAACGGACAGCAAGUACUGGCACCCGCCCCAUCUCAGCAACAACACCAGCAGCAGCAAGGACAGCAUUUCAGUCCGUACGCACCGAUGAAUGUCGGAGGUGCUGCGGGUCGUGAGAUGCCGUUCAAAGUCAUGGUUCCCGGUCCAGCCCCAGAGAGGAGGGGAAGUCGUUAG